GUGCGUGUGAGUGUGUGUGCGUGGGGAAGAGAGAGAAAGGGAGAGGAAGGGAGGAGAGAGAAGGACACAGGCAGACGCAAGCGAUAGAAUUAAACAAACAAAAGCAGCCGUAGAAAAAAAGCGUAGCCAGACCAGAACCAAACCCCAAGGAGGCCAAGAAGAGGACGGCAGCAGCAGCAGCAGCCAUGCCGCGGUCGCCGUCGCCGGAGCCGGAGAGGAGCUACCCCGCGCGCCGGAGGGGAGGCGGAGGCGGGGGCGGGGGCGGGAACCACGUCCUGUCGUCGCGCUGCCGCUCGCCGUCGCCGCCACCGCGCCGCUCGCUCCGCCCGCGCCGCGCCGCCGCCGCGUCCUCUCGCCCGCUCGUCGACGACUUCUUCCCUUUCCCCUCCUCGCCCUCCUCGUCGCCGCCCCGCCCCCAGCACCGGAGGGCGCCGUCGCCGGAGCCGUCCAGCUCCGACUCCGACGGAGGCGGCGUGGCUGGCUCCUCCGCCUCCGACCGCCGCCGGCGCAAGCUCAAGCUCGUCGUCAAGCUCUCCCAGCUUCCUCCGGACCAGCACCAUCGCCGGGCCCCACCUCCCCCUCCCUACUCGGACUCAUCGGAGGGGGAGGAGCGGCCGGCUGGCGGAGGCGAGGAGCAGGUCAAGCCGCCCAAGAAGCGCCGGAUCGAGUCGCGCGACGACAGAUCUCGCAGUCGCGAGGUUGCUGGGAGGAGCGACGCUGCCAGCGCGCCGCGGACGAAGCGACUCCCGGUGCCAGGGAUGGCAAGGACAACGCCGCUGCCGGACCGGCAGGCGCUGGAUAUGAUUCUUGACAAGCUGCAGAAGAAGGAUACGUACGGUGUGUUUGCUGAGCCGGUGGAUCUGGAGGAGUUGCCUGACUACAAUGAUGUGAUUGAGCACCCAAUGGACUUCGGCACCGUCAAGAGGAAGCUUGCUAGGAAUGCAUAUCGCUCGUUCGAGCAAUUCGAGGAUGAUGUUUUCUUAAUUUGCAGCAAUGCAAUGGUGUACAAUGCGCCUGAUACGGUUUACUUCAGACAGGCCCAUUCCAUACAAGAGCUGGCAAGAAAGAAGUUUCAAGAACUUAGGGACGAGGGCAUACCUACAGAAAACCAAGUAAAGAGUGAACAGAAAGUUGGACCUAUUCCGUGCAACAGAGGACCAAUUAAGAAGCCUGUUUUGAGGUAUUCAGAUGAUGAUCUAGACUUUUUGACCCGUAAAGAGCAAAUUAAGAGACCAAAUGCAAAAAUUUCUGGAGCUGACAUAAGCUUCAGAGAUCAAGUGAAGAAACCCGUCUCUAGGAAUUCAGAGAACAACUUAAGUUCUUCAUUCCACAAAGAGCGAGUUAAGAAACCGAUUUUCAGAAAUUCAGAGAACAAUUUGAGUUCCUCAUUUCAUGGAGAGCAAGUUAAGAAAUCCAUAUCCAGAAAUUCGGAGGAUGAUCGAAGUUCCUCAAUCCACCAAGUGAAAGUUAGAAAAGCCAUUUCAAGAAAUUCGGAGGAUGAUCGAAGCCCCUCAUUCCAACAAGGGCAAGUUAGGAAAGCCAUUUCAAGAAGUUCCGAAAAUGACCGAAGUUCCUCUUUGCCCCAACAGCAAGUCAAGAAACCUACUUCCCGGAGUUCAAAUGAUGGCUUGGCAUCCCAGAAGACACACGUUGGGAAGCCAGUUUGCAGAAAUGGAGAAGAUCCAGAGUGCUCAUUAGAGAAAGAGCCAUCUGAAAAUCCUGGCAGUGCGAAUGGAGAAGAUUUAGGUUUAUCCCCAGAAAAACUUGUUGAGGAGCCCAGUUGCAGAUACAGAGAUGACAUGGACCACUCCCGCCAAACAGAGUCGGCUAGGGAGCCUUUUUGCAGAGAUGGACAAGAUGAUCUAGGCGACUCCUGCAACGAAGAGAUUGCUAAGCCAUUUUGUUUGAAUGGCCAAGACGCAUUGGGUUCAAAUGUCUCUCCUGCCACCAUUGUUUCUGCAGGAGAUGGCUCUGAUGGCUUAAGCGUGUCACAGGCUAACGGUGCUGAGCCCCCUGAAUCUACUGCAGCCGAUGGGUGUUCCGACAAAGACAUCAGUUCUCCAGUGGAUGAGGUCAGGUCUGAGAAGACUGACGAUACUUCAGCACGAGAUUAUUCAGCAAAGCCCAGCCAGAAGUUAUUUGUGGUAGAUGAGACUAGACGAAAAACUUACCAUGAACAUGAAGACCAGCCUUCAUCAGAUUCUGACCUAAUAUUUGAUGCCUUCUGUGCGGAGCCAAAAGAGCUGAUAAGUGUUGGACUUCAUGCUGAGCACUCUUAUGCAAGAAGUUUGGCUCGUUUUGCUGGUUCACUUGGUGCCCAAGGUUGGAGAAUUGCUUCUGAGCGUAUUCAGCAGACAUUACCCGCUGAAGUGAGGUUUGGACGUGGCUGGGUUGGAGAAUAUGAGCCACCAUUGCCACCUAUUCUAGUUAUGCAAGACCAGUUACGAAGUCAGGUUAGCUCUGAUACGAAUAUGCAAAGGAAUGCUUCAGUGCCCAGAGAUAAUGAAAGACUCAGGCCAACAGAAAGCAUUAACUCAAAGGAUAUGAGUUUGAGUCUACUUAAUCGGAUAACCACUGGUAAUAAUGUAAUUGGUGUGACUGGUUCACUUGAGAGUCCAGAACUUAAGCCAAGAUUAUUUGGUAUUUCUGCUGAACCCCAGCACAGGAACACUGAUGCCUUACCACUGCACAAUAAACACAGAGCAUCUAGAAAUACUGUGAAGACGAAAAGAGCAACCAAUGAUCAAGUUAGGAAAGGCAGACACUCCUCCAAUGCCUGCCCUCCUGAAGUGCAACCACAGAGGUCUGAAUGUUCAAAAGGAGCUUCUUCUAGUGUGCUUGAUGUGCCUGCCGUGAACAAAAUGGCUGGCCACCGACCUUUUUUCCAACCGCCAGAAGCAGUCAGAGCUCAUCAAAUGAAAAAAAGCGACUCGUCUCAAAGUGCUCAGAGCACGAAAGGUCCUGGUGUUCAUGAUAUGCUUUCCCCAAACAAUGGUAUUGGGCAUCCUAAACCCUUCUUCCAAUCUCAGGAACCAGUUGCACCACAGCCAAAAAAUGAAGCUACAUGGGUGUACCAUGGAAGACCUGGUGAUGCAAAGUUUGGAACCUCUGAGAAAAGCAGACAAACGAGCAACAUUGGAUUCAUUACUAAAAAUGAACCGGUAAAUGUCAAUGGCUUUGCCAUGAAUGCGAGCUCACAGAAUAAUAUUAGUGACCAUGCAAAGUCAAUGGUACCAACCGUAGUACCUGGCCAAGUAAACGUAUCAAACCGAGGGUUUGAUGCUUCCAGGAACAUUUUCUCAGCAUUUCCAACAGCUGUUAGGGAGAACCAGUGCAUUCCGUCUGCUCCGGUAGCCCAAUCUUGGAUCUCAUUUGGUGCUUCAUCAGAGAACAAACCAACCAUAGUGAGUCCGAAUUUUAAUGACGGCAACUCUGGCUGGAAGAUGCCAUUUGCAAAUGUCCGAACUUGUGAUGAAACGAAGAUAAGUGCUGUUCCUCAGUUCUUUAGACAACCUGUUCAGGUUCCUAGAGAAAGUCCAGGUCAAAACAAGGGCUUGGUGAUAUUUCCACAGUUGGUCCAGACAGAUUUCUCAAGAUCACAGGGCCAAUCACAAUGGCAAGGGUUGGUUCCUCACAUGCAACAGAAGCCAAACAUGGAUAUGCUCCGUCCAGACUUGAACAUUGGGUUUCCCUCUCCAGGUUCACCACCAGCCCGACAGUCUUCGGGCAUCAAUUUGGAAGCACAACAGCCAGAUCUUGCCUUGCAGUUAUAAGCAGGGAGUGUGGAUAAUGAACAAGUGUGACUACAAGAUCAGAUGUCAGACACAGAAACGUGAAGCAUCUAAGGACUUGUGGACCCGGGCCACAAAAUUGAGCAACAGCAGAAAUGGGACAUCCAUGAAGUGGAUACGCACAAUAUUAGGGAUCACAGGUCAUGUCGUAGAUCGAUCCUCCCCUGUGCAAGAUAUCAGAAUAUGGAUGGAUGAACACUGCUCGAAAUCAUAUCAUAUCUACCGGCCCAUUUUGUUUGGUACGGGAGUUCAGUAAUUCGGCAUUUGGAGAAAGGCUGUGGUGGGAUAUAUGUUGAUAGCAUGCCCUAUGAUCCGGAAGCCCGCCCGGGCUCUUCUGACCACACAAUAGCAUUCUGCGGUGGAAAUUUUUGCACCAGAAUUUAGGAGACGUCCUCAGUAGUUAGACUGCGUGGUCAUCCCUAUGUUAAUGCCCAUGUCACAUUGUAUGUUUGUUGUAAAUGGUUCAGCAUUGAAUAGAUUGUUAGACUAGAUCAGCCACCUUUACUCCCUUCUCUGAAUGAAAUUGCUUCCCCUUCA